CUCUGGGCGGCGGGCCUCGGUGGUGGUCCUGAUGUCCCCCACGCCGCCUGCGUCACGCCGUCUUCGCCUUUCAACACAGAGGGCAGCGGUGUGGGGAAACCAAAAGAGCUCUCUGUGAGCCACCAGAAUGCCGUGCAGGAGGAGCUUGGCCGCCGCCACGGUGGUGCAGAACAGGGCAGUGUGCGGCUGACUUUCGUGCUUCACCUGGCCCAGAAUACGGAGGUGCGCUGGGAGUCGGUGCUGUGGCAGGGACGUCUGUACCUGCAAGUGCCGAGCUGCCUGUUGCCUGAGGGGUCCAAGGAAGGUUUCGUGUCAAUCUUGGAGUACGCAGAAGACGUGCUGCAGUGCAAGAGCAUCAUCUUGUGCCUCAAGAAGGACCGAACCGACCGAGCCCUUUUGGUUCGCACUUUCAUGUUCCUGGGAUUCCAAGUUCUACCACCAGAUCACGAAUUGGUACCAGCCAGCAUCGAAAGCAACCUCUACAUGUACUACUCCAUCGAAUAAGCAGCCUUAAUUAACAUCUAAACGAGUGGCCUUCAAGUGCCACUGUUGUAACUCGUUUUGCAUCUGGGUAAAAUUCCAUCCGCCAGAACACUGCCCCAUUUUCUAUGCAACUUCUCAAUGCUUUUAUCAGACGAAAGACUAGAGUUAAGUACUUAGUGUUAAAAAUGCAAGAUUUACUUAAAAGAAAAACCACAAGAAACGAGUUCAUCAGUGGCACUCAGGGAUGAAUACCAUCAUGGAGACUUUUACUUUACUUUUCCAGCAAUUCAGCAUUUUAACUUGUGCAAAGUUUGUGCGGAAUUGCUUGUUAUGAUGAGCUCCAGAGAGCUUUGAUGCGCGAGUAAAGUAAAAGCUGCUCCAGCAAUUCCAGGCCAUUUCGUCGGCUCCUGUUUCAAUGCGAAUGGCACUCAAAUCAGUUUCCCCAUGCUGAGUGGGGCUGUGAGAAAUUCAACUUGUGUGGCACGUGGCAAAGACGAUCUAUAUUCAACUUUUAUAACGACGAUUGGCACUUAUUUCAAUUUAAAUUAACGCGUAGUUUACUGUCGUGGUGGGUGAGGGUAUUUUUUCCAAUUUUAAAAUCAUCGUCUUGCCACACUCUUUGCUUUUCUCGUAGCCUUCUUCCCUCUGUAUUUAAGGGCAAGACCAUUUAUUAAAAUAACAAAAAUUACAAAAAAAGUUAAAAAUCUAAUGAAAUGUAAAAAAAAAAUGUAGUGUUCAAUUAUGCUAGUUCUCUAUAUGAUCAAAAUUUAAUUAAAGGAGAUGAUUUGGCAGGAAAAAUUUACCUUGCUGUCUAAUUCUGGUUGAUGUCAACUGGGGGCAAGUCAAAAUUGAUCUACUUUUUUUCAUUUGAACUGAUUCCGCUCUAGUGAAAUAA